AAAUCAUCACUGUUUCUGAUCAUGUUACAAUCAACAUAAAUGAUUCAGGAGUAAUAAACGUGCAAGGUGAGGGACUUGAUGAUUGGAAGAUGAAUGACUUUCCACUUAUCAAGGACACCAUAGUCCACAUUGACAGGUGUCACUCAUUAACUUCCACCCCCCCCCCUCAGCAGAGCUGCUGUGCCAAGUUCAAUCCAUUUAUCAGAUGUUAUGGAGAAUACACACUUAUCAGAUCAAGAAGACAGUGUUAUCACAUUCUUGCAUCCAGAAAUACUAACUAAGGAGUUAGAUCCUGUUACAGACACCGCUGAAGAUAGCCUCAUCUUCUUUGAAAACCUGAAUAAGACUGAUGAAGGAUCGCCCCCACCGCCCUCACCUGAAGGACCGCCCCCACCGCCCUCGUCUGAAGGACCGCCCUCAUCUGAGAGACUGCCCUCACCUGAAGGACCAUCCCCACCGCCCUCGUCUGAAGGACCGCCCUCGUCUGAAGGACCGCCCUCGUCUGAAAGACCGCCCUCACCUGAAGGACCAUCCCCACCGCCCUCAUCUGAAGGACUAUCCCCACCCCCUGAUGAUAUUUCAUCUUCUGGAUUCCCCUCAGCCCAGGGCCCCCCCCCCUCACAUGGAGAAUCUCUUCAAGCCUCCACAACAAAUUAUGCCAAUGAUCAGGAAUUGAACAUGAAUAUUCAAGAGCCCUCACUCAACACAAUAAUGGAUAAUGUACUGUCUGAUGGGUCCUCUUUCACUGAACAAUCACAACUUGCCAAAUCCCAAAAAUCUGUCGCUGCAAUAUUAGAAGAAAAUAAACGAUUACAAGUUGAAAAUAACAAACAACGGAGUAAAAUCACUCAACUAAUGAACAAAAAUGAGAAGUAUCUGAGUGACAUGAAACUUAUAAAUGAGCAGUCUGCCAAAAUAAAUGAUCUUCUUAACCGCAUCAAAGUAAAUGAACAGCAGAGAGCGGAUGAACUCGAGGCUCAGCAAGUACUCCAUAACACAAAGCUUAGAGACUUAGAGGCAGAAAUCUACAACUUAGAUGAAAAACUGAGAUGUAUGGAAAAAGAACAUAAAGGAUUGAAAGCUGAUCUGGAGACAACUUACCGGAGAAAUAAACAACUGGCAUCCAUGUUAGACAGUGAGCAAAAUCUAUCUCAACCCCAGAGUCUUGCUGAAUCACCCAAACCACCAAAAUGUGAUUCUUAUAAACCUUCUUCGGCCCCAAAAAGUGCACCAAGUAAAGCUAAGCCUCCUCAAAGCAAAAUUGCCAAACCUGUCCCUUCACCAUGUACUAAGCCUUCAACGUCACCAAAGGCGACAUCUGCACCACAUGCCAAGUCUAUGCCACAUAGCAUGCAAGAGCCACCUAAGUUGAAGUCUAUGACAUCUGUACAUAUAAUGUAUUCUUCAAAUGGUAGAGGAUUAGCUGGAAUCACGAAGAGCAAGGCACCAAGUGUGAAUGUUACGUCCUCAGUCUACAGCGGUGGUAGGAUUGAGCAUGGAGUCCAGGCUAUACAGAGAGGUGAUAUCAAGCAAUCAACAGACUAUAAAAUAAUUGGAUUGGGAACAAACAAUGUCAAGACAGAUUCACCAAAUGACAUUAUCUAUAGUCUUAAACACUUAGCUCAAACAGCAAGAUCACAUCAUCCAAAUUCUAAACUGAUCAUGGCAGGACUGCACCACAGAGGGGAUUCAGAAUCUAGUCAUCACAUUCAGAAUAUGAACUCUGACAUUGAUUACAUCAACAGCAAUAUGAAAACUUUUUGUAACAAUCAGGGAAUUGGAUUUAUUGAUAUUAACCAAGCCAACAACUCAACUGCUGGCAGACCAAAUUUUGAUGUGCUAAAUCGUGAUGGACUCCACUUUAAUCCAAAAGGACGAACUUCCCUAGUGAUGGCCAUGCUAAGAUGCAUCAACAGUGACAUACCCAAGACAUAUGCCA